AUGUUAAGUAGUGUUGCCAGGAGUACAUCAUCCUUAUUCAGCCGUGGCUUUGCCGCUGGUAUGACACCAAUUAUUGGUAUCGACCUUGGUACAACAAACUCUUGUGUUUCAGUUGUUGAAGGUGGCACACCAAAGGUUAUUCAGAACGCUGAAGGUGUUAGAACAACACCAUCAAUUGUUGCUUUCACCAACACAGGCGAGAGACUCGUUGGUGAGCAGGCCAAGCGUCAGGCAAUUACAAAUUCAAAGUCAACUUUCUUUGCUACAAAGCGUUUGAUUGGUUGUUCAUUUGAUGAUGAAAUGACUAAGAAAUGCCGCGAAAUGGUUCCUUACCAGAUCGUUAAAGCCAAGAGCGGAGAUGCUUGGGUCAAAGAUGAGAAAGGAAACGAGUAUUCACCAUCCCAGAUCGGUGCCUUCGUUCUCAUGAAGAUGAAGGAAACAGCCGAGGCCUAUUUGGGCACUUCUGUUAAGGAUGCAGUCAUUACUGUUCCAGCUUACUUCAACGAUUCACAGCGCCAGGCCACAAAGGACGCAGGCAAGAUCGCAGGCCUCAAUGUUAUGAGAACACUCAACGAACCAACAGCUGCUGCCCUCGCUUACGGCACAGAACGUAAACAAGGCCAAACAGUCGCUGUUUUCGAUCUUGGUGGUGGCACAUUCGAUUUUUCCAUUCUUGAAAUCUCCAAGGAUGGCGUUUUUGAGGUCAAAGCUACAAACGGUGAUACAUUCCUCGGUGGUGAAGAUUUCGAUGCCGCUCUUAUGAAGUACGUCAUCCAAGAUUUCCAGGCCAAGAACCAAAUUGACCUUGCUAAGGAUCCACUUGCCCUUCAGAGAAUCCGUGAAGCCGUCGAAAAGGCCAAAUGCGAGUUAUCUUCUAUGAUGACAACAGAAAUCAACCUUCCUUACAUUACAGCUACAGGCGCUGGACCAAAGCACCUUCAGAUGCCAAUCACUCGUGCUACAUUCGAAAAGAUUACACAGCAUCUCAUCGCUCGUACAAUCAAUCCAUGCAAGAACUGCCUCAAAGAUGCCGGCCUUACACCACAGCAGAUCAAUGAAGUCAUCCUUGUCGGUGGUAUGACAAGAAUGCCAAAGGUCAUCGAUUCCGUCAAAGAAUUCUUCGGAAAGGAUCCAUUCCGUGGUGUUAAUCCCGAUGAAGUUGUCGCUAUUGGUGCCUCCAUCCAAGGCUCCGUCAUGCGCGGUGAUCACAAGGACAUUGUUCUUCUUGAUGUCACUCCACUUUCUCUUGGUAUCGAAACAAUGGGUGGAGUUUUCUCCAGAUUGAUCCCACGUAACACUGUUGUCCCAACAAAGAAGUCCCAGGAGUUCACAACAGCUGCUGAUGGCCAGACACACGUAAACAUCAGAGUUUUCCAGGGAGAAAGAGAUCUCGUAGAAGGAAACAAACUUCUCGGUGAAUUCACAUUAGUAGGAAUUCCUCCAGCACCACGCGGUGUUCCAAAGAUCGAAGUCACAUUCGAUAUCGAUGCAAACUCAAUUGUUCACGUUUCCGCCAAGGAUAAACAGACAAACAAGGAACAACAGAUGACAAUCCAGCAACACGGUGGCCUUUCUCAGGAUGAAAUCGCUAAGAUGGUCCAAGACGCUGAGAAACACGCAGCUGAAGACAAGAAGAAGCGUGAGAUUCUCGAGAAGAAGUACGCUAUGAAACAGUACAUCAACGAGAUCGAGAAGACAAUUUCUGAAAACGAAAAGAAGUUGCCAGCUGACUUGUUGAAGAGAAUCAGAGAUUCUGUCAAGGAUCUCAAGGAUGCAAUCGCUGGAAACGAUGAAAAGAAGAUCGAAGAGAAGUAUGAUGCUCUUAAGGCUGCAUCAAUGGAAAUCUACAACGCUAUCAGCGAUAACAACACCAACAAGAACAAGAAGUAA